CUCCGUUUCCAUUCUCCCACCGGCCUCCAGCUGAAACCUGCCAUUCACCAGAGGAAAUGGGCUGCUGAAGCGGAUGACGUGAUUGAAAUCAGCGUCGUGCGCGCGCGCUCUUAAUUCCAGCGGUGGUCGUGCGCGUGCAGAGGCGGCAGGUGAAGCUCUUGCGCGUGUCCGAGGCCAGCAGGGACUUACAGGUGGUCAUUUACCAGGAUGGAUCGAUGGAGGUUAAUGCAGGAGACAUGGCUGUCGUCGCUGCUGCUGCUGCUCGCCACCCUCUUCCUCAUCUCCAAAGCAGCUAAUCCAAUUGACGUCCUGAAGGUCCUGGAGUUAUCAGAGGACAUGGAGGGUGUGUCAUUAGAGGCAGGACUGUGCGUCGGCAGGACGGGACGAGAGGAGGCGGACCUCGCCUUUAAAAUCAACAAGAAGAUUCAACUUAGUGUGCCCACAAAACAACUAUUUCCUGAUUCGUCGUUCCCUGCAAAUUUCUCACUGAUGACAACAAUUAAAGCUGUAAAAGGAUCACAAGUCUUUCUCCUCUCCGUGUAUGACACACAGGGUGCACAGCAGCUUGGUUUAGAGGUCGCCCGCUCACCUGUAUUCCUGUAUGAGGACCAUGAGAGUCAACCACCUCCAGAGUUGUAUCCCAUCUUUAGAAAGGUCGACUUGGCUGAUGGCAAGUGGCACAGAGUAGCCUACAGUGUGGAAGGCCGGACAGUGACUCUGUUCCUGGACUGUGAGAAGGUGGACACCCUGGACCUGCUCCGAGGUUACGAUCCUUACGUCAGCAAUGAGGGAGUUACAGUGUUUGGGACACGCCUGCUGGACGAGGAGGUUUUUGAGGGCGAAAUCCAGCAGCUGCUGAUCAAUGAUGACCCGAGAGCAGCAGAGACAUACUGUCAGGACUAUAUCCCAGACUGUGAUGCACCUUUACCCUAUGACUCAAUAUUAGCAGAGAUUGAGGAGGAGGAGAGAAAACCUAAAAAACACUUGGUGGAAGAGUUUGAGGAGUUUGACUAUAGUGACCUCUAUGAAGACUCGACGGUGACCGCAGGUCCAAAUGUGACUGAGUACGAGAUAAUAGAAUAUGAGGAUUAUGACAACACAACGCACUACCAUGUGGACGAGUAUGAGUAUGAGGAUGAAUAUGAUGAGCGUUAUGGACAAGUGGAGAGAGAACGUGACUUCUCUCUCAACACACAGGGGCUACGAGAGAAAGGACAGAAAGGAGAGCCAGGUUAUCUGGGAGCUGGAACACAGAUUACAGGACCAUAUGGGCCUCCAGGACCUGAGGGAGAAACAGGGCCUCCUGGAAUCACAGGACCAGUGGGACCUCGAGGAGACCCUGGAGAGCUGGGUCCUCAAGGUCGGCCAGGCCUUAAUGGAGCUGAUGGGAUACCAGGUCCCCCAGGAAACAUCAUGAUCCUACCGUUCCAGUCUGGUGGUGAUCCAAGGACAGGUGCUGGGGUUUCUGCACAGGAGGCUCAGGCUCAGGCCAUCCUGCAGCAAACCAAGCUGGCAAUGAAGGGUCCUCCAGGGCCACUUGGUCUCAGGGGAAGACCCGGACCCCUGGGUCUUCCAGGUCCCUCUGGGCUGAAAGGGGCCAAUGGUGAGAUGGGACCAACAGGCCCUUCAGGACUGCCAGGUAUCCUUGGUCAGAAUGGACGAAUUGGGAAACGGGGUCGAUCAGGUGCAGAUGGGGGUCGUGGUCAAAUAGGAGAGACUGGAUCAAAGGGGGAUAGGGGCUUUGAUGGUCUUCCUGGCCUUCCUGGAAACAAAGGACACAAGGGAGACAGGGGGAAGCCGGGCCCCGCGGGUCCUUCAGGAGAACCAGGGGAGAAGGGCUCUCCAGGGCCACAUGGGCCAAGAGGGAACCCAGGUGACUCUGGUUCCAGAGGUCUGAAUGGUCCCAGAGGUCGUCCUGGCCCCCCUGGCCAGCCAGGCAUUCGAGGAAUCGAUGGGGUUCAAGGUUCAAAGGGAAACUAUGGACCACCUGGAGACAUCGGAGCAGCAGGACAGCAAGGCAAUCCUGGGAUUGUGGGAUUUCCUGGUCCUCAGGGGCUAGUUGGACUACCAGGAGAGAAGGGACCUCAAGGGAAGAAAGGGAUACGGGGCUUAGCAGGAAAUGAUGGCCCACCAGGUCACCCUGGAAGAGAAGGCACUCCAGGUGAAAAAGGACUGCCAGGUCCUUCAGGAGUGCAGGGGCCCGUUGGAUACCCUGGACAACGAGGAGUUAAGGGAGCAGAUGGAAUCAGGGGAUUGAAAGGAAGUAAAGGCGAGAAGGGUGAAGAUGGUUUUCCAGGGGCCAAGGGAGAUAUGGGAGGAAAAGGGGACUCUGGGGACAACGGAGUUGCAGGGUCAAGAGGCGAAGAUGGACCUGAAGGGCCUAAAGGCCAGAUGGGUCCUCAGGGAGAGGCUGGCUCUUUAGGUAUUUCUGGCGAGAAGGGGAAAUUGGGAGUUCCUGGACUGCCAGGAUAUCCAGGACGUCAGGGCCCAAAAGGCUCUGAAGGUUUCCCUGGUGCAAUAGGAACUUCAGGAGAGAAAGGGAAGAAAGGUCCUCCAGGACAAGCAGGAGCUGCAGGCCAAAGAGGUUCUAAUGGUGCAAGAGGUGCCAGGGGGGUAAAGGGGCCCACUGGGAAACCAGGAGAAAAGGGGGCCUCUGGGCAUGAUGGGGCCCCAGGAUCUUCUGGAAACAGAGGACCUCAAGGUCCACAGGGAAUGAACGGUGAACCAGGACCUAAAGGAUCACUCGGCCCAGCCGGGAAGGAUGGACUUCCAGGUCAUCCGGGUCAAAGAGGAGAGCCGGGCUUUCAAGGAAAGACAGGACCCCCAGGACCAUCGGGUGUGGUUGGACCACAGGGCAAAUCAGGAGAGUCUGGUCCUACAGGUGACAGAGGUCAUCCAGGAGCCCCAGGUGUGCCUGGAGAGCAUGGUUUACCUGGGAUUGCAGGGAAGGAGGGUGGAAAGGGGGAUCCUGGUUUACCUGGGACAUCUGGAAAGAGUGGUCCUACAGGACUGAAGGGGUUCAGAGGGAGCAGAGGAGCUCCUGGAAUUAUGGGACCACCUGGUCUGAAAGGAGGAUCAGGACCUGGUGGAUCCGCAGGAGCUAUAGGACCAGGCGGUGAGAGGGGCCCUCCAGGAGCAGCUGGAGCCAUUGGACAGCCGGGUCGCGCUGGAGCAAUUGGAGCACCUGGACCAAUGGGAGAAAAGGGGGAACCUGGAGAAAAAGGUCCGAUUGGACCAGCAGGUCAGGAUGGGGAUCAGGGACCAGUGGGGAUGCCUGGAGUUACAGGCCCUGCAGGUCCUCCGGGAGAUGAUGGGGACAAGGGAGAGCACGGAGGGCCUGGACAGAAAGGCAGCAAAGGAGGCAAAGGGGAAGGAGGGCCUCCAGGUCCUGCUGGCACUCAGGGGCCAGUUGGUCAGCCUGGACUUCCAGGUGUAGAUGGACUCCCAGGUCCUCGAGGCCAGCAAGGCAUGUAUGGUCCAAAAGGGGACGAGGGGCUACGUGGCUUCAAGGGAUCUAGAGGGCCAAGAGGAUUGCAGGGCAUGCCUGGUCUACCAGGUGAAAAGGGCGAGAGUGGGCAAGUUGGUCUAAUGGGUCCACCCGGGCAACAAGGCCCUACUGGUCCUCAAGGGCCUGUUGGGGGACAGGGACAAGCAGGUAGACCGGGGAUGAUAGGACAGCCAGGUGUUGUUGGUGAAAAGGGAGAAGACGGCGAGGCGGGUGAUCCUGGAGCAGUUGGUGUUCCAGGAAAGCUAGGAGGAAAAGGAGACCUUGGGGAAAAGGGAGAUACAGGCUCUUCAGGGGCCCCCGGUGCUCCAGGAUCCAGGGGCUCCCCGGGAGAGGACGGGUCUAAGGGCAAUUCUGGUUCUAUAGGUUUGACUGGAGACCUCGGACAGCAGGGAGAGGCGGGCCCCAAUGGUAUAGAUGGAGUCCCUGGAUCCAAAGGAGACGUAGGGGAUCAAGGAAAAUCUGGACCACCAGGAGCCACAGGGGAACCCGGACCAUUUGGAGCUCCUGGACGAAGGGGCCACUUGGGGAAAUCAGGAAAACCAGGAAAAGCAGGCUUGAAAGGAGCAAAAGGUGCUCCUGGAUUAGAGGGUCCAUUUGGAAAGAGAGGACCCACAGGUGGUCAGGGAUAUCUUGGAAAACCUGGUCUCCAGGGCCUACGAGGGAUCCCUGGCCCUGCAGGUGAUCAGGGUUUAAAUGGACCCCCAGGACAGACAGGACCGCCAGGCCCUAUGGGUCCACCAGGCCUAGCAGGACUAAGGGGAGACCCUGGCAGAAAGGGAGACAAGGGUCAUGGUGGUCUAAUAGGUCUGAUUGGGCCACCAGGAGAUUUCGGAGAGAAGGGUGAUAGAGGACUGCCAGGAAACCAGGGACUGCAAGGCCCAAAAGGAGAUGAGGGUCAAGUUGGUCCAUCUGGUCCCCCUGGUCCGCCUGGUCCCACGGGGCUGUCUGGUGCCACUGGCUUAAAGGGCUCUAAAGGAAACGAGGGUCCAAUUGGCCCCAGAGGAGACCUUGGUCCUGCAGGACCUCCCGGACCUCCAGGACGGGCAGCAGUUGGGACUUCACCUCUGCCAGAGCGAGGAAGGAGAAGGAGAACUCACACUGUGGUAGAUGGUGCUGCACUGGAAAAUGAGGAGGUGGAGGCCAUCGAUGGAGGAGAAGAGGGAUGGAUACAAGGAGACCAAGCUGUGCAGGGUGGCUGGAUGAAGGACAAUGAGGGCCAAGGCAUGGAAGAAGUGUUUGCAUCUCUUUCAUCUAUGAAAGUGGAUGUAGAAGGUUUACGUAAUCCAAUGGGAACGUACCACAGCCCGGCCCGCACCUGCAAAGAACUUUGGCUCCUCCAUCCAGAGCUAUCUAAUGGUGAGUACUGGAUAGAUCCCAACCAGGGUUGCCAUAGAGACUCUUUCAAGGUGUUCUGUAACUUCACUGCACAGGGGGAAACAUGUCUCUACCCUGACAAGAAGUUCCAGUCGGUAAAAUUGGCUGCAUGGAAAGGAGAAAAACCUGGCACCUGGUACAGUAAAUUCAGGAAAGGAAAGCAGUUUUCCUAUUCUGGCUCAGAUGACGUUUCAGUCGACAUUGUCCAGCUGAACUUCCUGAAGCUGCUAAGCGCCACAGCCAAACAGACUUUCACUUAUCACUGCCUCAACUCAGCUGCCUGGCUGCACAUCGCUACCUACAACCAUGAACAUGCGCUGCGCUUCAGAGGCAGCGACGGGGAGGAGCUCACACAUGAGAACACACUUUAUAUCAAUGCACUGUACGACGGGUGCCAGACCCGCUCAGGACAGGAGAGGACUGUGUUGGAGUUUGACGCCCCACUGUCAAGCACACUCCCCAUCAUCGACGUAGCUGUGUCUGAUUUUGGAAAAGGGGCUCAGAAAUUUGGUUUUGAAGUGGGCCCAGUCUGCUACAAUGGUUAACAACAACGUUGGGGGAUCCAACAACAGGAGUUUUUUAGUAGGAAAAAGAGCCAUGGACAAUUUUAAAUGCAGGAAGAGAACUACAUUCAAGACUACAUAUUUAUAAGUUGAUGUGCCUACAACAGUGCUCUCUCAUCUGAACAGGCAUUAAUUCACUAACUCCAUCUGUCCAUAACUCACACAUUUAACAGUGGACUUACAUGCUGUGUUAUCAAAUGAAGUGCACACAUUUACUUUUGUUUGUCAUGUCCUAAUACAUUUCUUUUCCUUCAUUUAUCUUUGAAGGAGCAAGUGGUGCUUUCAUAGUUUUCAUUUCCAUUCAUUUAUUUUUAAAAUGAUUUCCCCUCUGAUCCCCCUAUGAUCAUGGAAUCAGCUUCUGAAAACACAGAUUAAACACACCAUAUUUCACCAACACACUCACAGUAUUCUUUGUCGACAUCAAACCUCACUUUCGAAAAAUCUUUAUUUGUUGUAAUUUUGUUGUUAAUUAUUUCGUAUGUACAGUAGUGUACAUUGAUGAGUGAAAAACAUGAAACCGAUUAACAGGUGAAUUGAAUGACACUGAUCAUGCUUUUUUGAAGCACAACAUUAAGCUGAUAAAACCUUGGGUCCUUCCUUCCAUCCCACAAUGAGAAUCCCCUCAACUUAUGUGUCACAGUGUAUCUCACAACACCUCAAAAACUGCUCAGGAACAGCUCGACGAGUGCAGAAAGGAGAUAAACAUGUUAACUUGAUUUCUAAACAAAAUUACAGCUUGUUGGAAUAUCCAGGAUGGAUCAAAACAGGUCUGAUCCACAGAGGCCACAGACUGCAGCUCACAGGACGUGAAGGAUGUGCUGCCUGGCUGUCAGUGUCAGCACCACAGGUUUUGCUCAAAGGUCCUACGUUCAUCAACCAGCAGGUCAAAGCCGAGGGACCUAAACAACAUUAGGCUGGUGGCAUUACUGUUUUGACUGAUGGGUGUAAAAACAAAAUGUAAUUCAUCAUGGUGCUAUUAUGUAGGUCAUUUUGGAGUCAAUUCUUUGUAAAAGUGAUUUGGGGCAAAUAAUUUUUUUUUAAUAUUGUGAAACAUUUUUUUAAUAUUUUUAUAUUUUGGCAAUAUAACAAAUGAAAAUGUGGUACAAUUGCCUCAAGAGCUCUUUAUGCAUAUUUGUAUGGGGAAUUAACACAUUUUAAUAAAGGUAAUUAAUGUAGAUUUAAGUUAAGAUGAUGACAUUUUGUUUUAUUGAGUACAGCACAUCCAACUUGAAGAACAGAUAGACAUGUGUGAUGCUUUCCAGAUGUAAAACAACAAAACAACCCAAAUCAAGUCCAACACUUGUAUAAUGCAUGUCAGUUUUAAGCUAUUUUUAUGGAUAACGGCAUCAAGGAGUCGUAGUGCACCUCUGUGGUCCAGAUGGAACCAUCUCCACAUCUACUGCAGGGAUUGAUGCACCGACCUGCAUCCUCCCAGAGAUUAGAUUUACAGUAAUUUCAAAGUAAUUUCAAAUGUCCUCUUGACUUUCCCACAAUAGCCAUCACUUCCACAUAUAUAUUUGUAUUUAUUCAUUAGUUAUUGUCUUACUUUUGCUUUACAUUUCUUCUAGUAUCGCUAACAAAUCAAUGUUGCAUUUCAGUGCAUCUGCAGCUAUUUUACAGUCAACAAGAACAGUUUGUGAUUUAAUAAAAUUAAUUUUGUCCAUGGCUUUACAAUUUAACUUGCUGAUUCUUUUCGCUGGACAAGAAUAAUUAGGUUUUUAAAUACCUGACAUGUUUCGGCGAUUACUUUGCCUUCAUCAGAGUCACCAAACUAUGUGACUCAGUGACUGAUGAAGACGGAAGUAAUCGCUGAAACAUGUCAGGUAUUUAAAAACCAAAAUAUUCCUCAAUAUUCUUGUCCGAAAAAAAGAAACAGCAAGUUAAAAAAGAACAGUUGGUGUUGGGAGGUGGUGUAAGAAAGUCUGCACUGAAGUGUUUUCUAACGUGAGUGAGCUCACAUCAGUGGCUGGUCUACACCUUUAGAGAGGACACUUUUAUUUCUAUUAUGAGAAUACCAGCACAUUGCAAUUUUAGGAGGGUUGGGAAUUAAU